AUGGCUAGGUGUGCUUCUCCAUUUGGUUGGGCUGUGCUGUGCAUCUUGUCUGCACUGAGUUUGUCGGCCAAUGGAGCAAUCUAUCAGGAUAGCUAUGUCGACGCAAACUAUGAUCCCGAUAACGCCGUUAGUCUCACCAUCCCACGGACUCUCCUGCCUGAUGUGCCUAAUCGGAUCCAACUUCGGUCAGCGCAUCCUUUGUCUAGGCUGAGUGUCGGCUCAUUCGUCUAUGGUCUCCAUCUUCCCCCCAUGAACUUAUCCUAUCGACUAACUUCGAAAAGGAGUGCUGACGGUCUAUACGUAGCUGAAGUUGACUUCCGUCCGCCGUUUGUAACCGAUGAGGGAGGCGCGAUCAACCUCAAUGUUACCUACGAGUACUGCCCUCCUGAGAAAGAAGGACAAAGCUACAGCGAAGAGUAUGGCAGUGAUGACACUGAUGAUGUGGAAGAGGAGGAAGAGGACGCUGAGAGGAGUGACGGGGAUGGGGAUGCUGAUGGCGACGAUGAUGAUCAAGAGGCGGGCGCUGGUGAGGGAAAGGAUCAACGUAGGUAUCGCCCGAAAGCGUGCCGAGAACCGAAAAAGAAAAGUCAGUUGAUAUAUGCCUCAUUUGUUCGAAAAUUUGUCGUUAUUCUGGGUGAAUCGGACAAGCCGAUUUACAGGCCUGGUGAGAAUAUUCGCUUUCGAUUCAUUGCCCUCAAUUCACGCCAACUCCUGCCAAGUACUAAGAAGCUCAAGUGGCCCAAGUUUCGAGUUGACAGGCAGGACUACAUGCACCCAAAGCUGGUGGAAAUCUCGGAGGACGAGAGACGUAGACAUGAAAGGUCUCCGGAAUUUGAUGUGAUCUAUGUAGAAGAUCCGAGUGGGAAUCGAGUGAAGGAGUGGAGGAAUGUGCAACAGACGACAGCACUGAAUCUGUCCUUCCCUCUGCUGCGCGAUGCAUCCGAAGGUGUUUGGCGAAUUGUGGCGAAGGUUUUCACCAGCACACAAACGUUGGAGGUGGACGUGAAGAAUUACGUUCUGCCGCGUUUCCUGGCGUCCAUCCAGAUUCCCGAGGAGGUGGACAUCAGCUCUGAGACGGCACAGUUCAACGUCUGUGCAACUUACACCAACGGAAAUUCCUUUCAGGGACACUACGAUGCCCAGAUCUGCGUCUGUUCUGGAAGGAAAUUGAGACAGCAGCAGGACCUAGGUACUCCGUUUGAGAACAAUGUGUGUUUGUCUGGACCAGAUUUGAGGGGAGCUGGAGGUCAGUGUCUUCGUGUUGCCGGCAGGCUUUCUGGCACACCUGAGAAUGGAGGGUGUGUAGGUGUGAAUGCAACCAUAAAAGCUCUGAUGCAACGCGCCCGUGGGAGGUAUGAUUGGGACCAACAGGUCGGUUUCAUCGUCUCAGUCAGCGAAGCGGAUACGGGUUCGGCUGUGACCCAGUUCGGUCAGGCGAACAUUCGUCGUUUUCGUGCCCCCAAGCUCAGUCUAGAAAUAGACCGCGCAUAUCGUCCAGGUUUGCCCAUUCAUGGCAAGGUACGUCUGACUGAGAUGAGUACUGUUACAAGUAGUCCUUCGAUGAAGGCCAACUUAACAGUGUUUGAAAUACUCAAUCCAUGUGGCCCCUGGUUUCGAGGCGGGAACGAUUUGAAUCCGAACAUAUAUUUCAAAGAAUUGACGCUAAAUGCCGAUGGUGUUGCAUCUUUUAUUCUGCCACCAGUAAAGAGUGAAAGAGAUCUGGAGGUGAAGGUGGACUUGAUACGUGAUGAAACGAUGGUCACGCCCACAACGACCACCCCCUCGCCUUUCCUUCAACGCAUGAUCCGUCCGUAUUGGGAGCCACCCAUGGGGGACGCAAAUUUCCACACUUCUAGAUCUUUGAGACGCUGGAAAUCCUUGAGCAGCCUGGCCCUCAAGGUAAGGAGUAUAAACGGGAACUCGCCGGUGGACUGCCCUGGAUGGCUCAACCUUUCUAUCGUGGUCAAUGCACCGCUAGCCGGGAAGACGCUUUUCCUCGAGUAUCUCUCGCGAGGUGUGCCAACACAGCGGUUUGCAGUCCUGCAACCUGCGGUUUCGGGCUAUGUGUGCUCUGACGAGGAUAGUGAUCUGGGACACUACACCUGCAAUGUCGGCUUUCGGCCGGGAGAGGUGGGUGAGAUCAGUUGUCUGCCGGGUUGGACUGGAGAGAACUGUCUGACGCCGCAUUGCUCAGAAGGACAGUGUGGUAGGGGUGGCCUAUGUGUUGCGCCGGGACGGUGUGCCUGCAAGGUCGGUUGGACAGGCGAGAGAUGUGAGACCUGUGUACCGCGUCGGGGCUGCGUUCAUGGGAGAUGUGUGCAGGGUGGCGACUGUGUAUGCGAAGCCGGCUAUGCUGGCUACCUUUGCGAUGGGGCAGUAGUAGACUAUGAGAGACUGGACAGAACGGACGCCCCUCCCACUACUACUACUGAAGGACCUAGUUCGCAUGUGACACCUCCCAGCACAAAGGAAAGUGAUGUUCGCAGGACGAUAUUUAUGCAUGAGGCGAGCUUUGAAAUGGAUUCCAGCUUUGGACCAUCACUCAGCGCGGUCGUUUAUGUCAACAACGUGAAUGCCAGUUCGCAGGGAGGUUACGAAUUAAUCACCGAUCUUCUGAAAAUCGAGAAUCUGAAACUUUGUUCGACGCCAGCCAUGUUCGAGUCACAGGCGAAGUCGUUCGCCAGAAACAACUUCAAGAAGCAUUCAGUCAUGCCCGGAGAGGGGGUUGGUCUGCAACUCAGUGUGCCGAUCGGCAGAAGCUCGGAAACUUCGGGUGUCGAAAACUCGUGUAUUGUGCGUCUUGUUGAUACUUCGUUGAAGAACUUUGAGAAAUUUCAAGAGACCCUGAUUGACUUAAACAAGUAUACAGACGAGCUUCAAAAUAACCGCCGUCCCUACUACAGCGACUAUUCCGUCGACAGUACGAAGGCCGCGUUCGAUGCAAUUGGAUUGGAAUUCCUACAUACUGGCCCAUUCAAAAAAUCCCUUGAAAAGCGCAUUAUUUGUCCAAUGUUUUCUGUGAAUGCCAGGGGACCUGUUGACGAUGGCAUCAAGGACCUCGCAUAUCCGGAUUCGGUUGAUUCAAUUUCAAAACCCCGACUUCGUGAAUUCUUCCCAGAAGUUUGGCUGUUUGACCAUAUUAAACUUGGCCAAGCCGGACAAUAUGCAACACAGCUAACUGCUCCAGACAGCAUCACCAGGUGGGAGUUCACGGCCCUCUGCUUCACGCGUAACCUCGGACUCUGGAUGCCAGCCAGACUGGAGCCUGAGACGCUCACGGUCUCGCUCCCCUUCUACGUCGAAUUCACACCCCCGGUGAAGGCCAAACGACAGGAGGUCUUACACCUGCCGGUCAGCGUGUUCAUGUUGCCACACACGUCGACGAGUGGAGCUGCAGACGAGAAGGCCUGUUACGAGGUUCUCGUGUCGGUGGCAGUCGAUCGCCAGGACUGGCAGUUGGUCGGCAGUUCGGAGUUUGUCACUUGCCUGUGUCAGGGUGAUGCCAAGGUCACAUUCACUCUGGCUCUCAAACCACAGAAGCUGGGACGAUUGAAUGUGACAGCAGAGGCUGUGGCGAAGCUGGGAUCGGCCAUGUGCAGCGAAGGGUCUACGGCCAAACAAGCGAUGACCUCAGUGGCCGAUGCUGUUAGACGUUCCGUUCUCAUUGUGCCGGAGGGUGUAGAGGCAGAGACGAACGUGGGUGGGGUGUUGUGCCUUUCCGAGGGCAAAAAGUCGUUGGAGGAGGUAAUGCAGCUAAAUCUGCCUGAAAACAUAGUGGAGGAUUCACUGCGCAGCUAUGUCUCCGUGAGUGGCAAUGUUCUCGGCAAGGCAGUGAAGAAUCUGGAUAACCUGGUUCGCCUACCAACGGGCUGUGGCGAACAGAAUAUGGUGAAGGUGGCACCAAGCGUGUACGUGCUGAAGUAUUUGGUCGCGGCGACAGACUUGCAUGAGUCCGAAACGAAGAAAUUGGCAGAGACAGCGAUUGGCUACAUCGGCAGUGGGUACAGCAAUCAGCUCAACUAUCGCCAUGAUAAUGGUUCAUUCUCAACUUUCGGUCAAUCGCACGGACUGGGCAGUACCUGGUUGACGGCCUUUGUUUUUGGCGUAUUCAGCGAGGCUGAGCAGUUGCUGCAGGAGAAAGCUGUGGAAAAAUUGCGCACUACCAACGUGGCUUUACACCCCACGCUCUCAACGGCCUUCGAGUUUCUCAGGUCAGUGCAACGUAGGGAUGGCUGCUUUGCGGAGUAUGGUCGAGUGUUUCACUCAGAUAUGCAUGUCACAGACAGUUCUCCGAAAGCAAGCCUCCUCAAGGACCUUCUUCUAACUUCCUAUGUUCUUUCAGCGCUGGUUGACGCUCCAGUGACUGUGAGAGAAACGAAAUCUCAGACGUACGCUAAUACUAUGGAGUUGGCGAGUCGAUGUCUUUUGGACAGGAUAGAUUCAUAUAAUGUCUCCGAAAUUCCUCUACGAGCCCUUGCCAAGGUGGCCUAUGCACUCAGACGCCUUCCCGGACUCGGUGAGUUAACAGAAAAGAGGGCGAUUGUUUUGAGGGAAUUGGUCAACAGGGCCACUGUAAAGACGUCCCGAAGCGGAGCGUUGCGAUGGUGGAAUGAUGAGAAUACGGCUUAUCCCGCCUCCGAAGUCGAGACGACGGGCUACGCGUACCUGGCUCUCGCGGAGUCUCAGUCCAUCUCUCAACUGCUGCCGAUCAUCCGUUGGUUGUCGGCACAGCAGAAUGAACAGGGUGGGUUCUACUCAACGCAGGACACUGUUGUGGCUCUGAGGGCGCUGGCACAUGCAGCUGGCCAACUGCAUCUUUCCACCGUCGCAUCGGCCUCCUCCGGACGAGAGGCCUCCACCGUAGUGACGGCUAGUGUUCUGCCUGGGAAUUCGAAGACGAAGGAGAUAGUGGUGAACCGGACGAAUACACACAUCUCACAGCAGGUGGAGCUGGGCUAUCACAGUCGGGCAGGGUCGAAGGAGGUCAGGUGGGAGGUAUCAUCACCAGCGAAAGCCACCUGUGUUGCGGUGCAUCUCUCUCUGCUCUAUAACACACCAGAUCCUACUGACGGUCAGGAGAGUGCCGACGCCUUCUUUGUGCUCAGUGUCAGCACGAGGCAGGGGCAAGAAUUCACUCCGGAGUGCACUCACGCCAAUACGACUGUAUGUGUGAGUUUGUCUAAACGCGCUGUCAAAUCGGCAGACUCCAUCGCCACAGGCAUGAUUCUGGUGACGUUCGAACUGCCCAGUGGGUGGACAAUGAAGGAAUCAGACUUGGCAGGUUUGAAAUACCCCGGUCUAAGUCGCGUGGAAUACGACGCACAGAAGCAGACGCUGUUUGCCUACUUUGAUGCAUUCACGGAGACUGAAUCAGAGAACGUCGGUGGACGUGAUCGGCUGUCGCGAUGCGUCAGCCUGCCGCUAAGUCAAAAGAUGUUUGUUGAGCCUCUCAGUCCCUCCCUGAUCCGUGUGCAAGAUUACUAUGCUCCCCAGCAGAAGACGGAAGUCUCUUUCCUGCUAAACACUUGCAAACGCUACUGGAACCCUGAUUUUCUGCAGGAGACAAACGCGACUGUGGAGACGCCAGACGUGAAUGUAACACCGGUUUUGACUACGCCUGCUCUGCCCAGCUGUCCCAACUGCACUACUGACGAUAAAACACGGGAGAGCUUGGUGCAGGCUAUCAACGAGUCAGUCUGCUACUACGGCGGCAGAAUCCACCUUUUCAAGCCUCAGUCCGUUCUGGUUGAAGACAAGGAGUCAAUAAGAGGCACAAUGCACUUUGUCGCUUAUGGAAAAACGGUGGCCUCAUGGAACACGACGUUGGGACUGGCGAGCCAGUGUUCGUGCGACAUCGUGCGCGGGAGGACAUCCAUGGUUGCCAUUCUGUCUGGCCUCCACAGCUUUGAUUUCUAUCCGGGGAGCAUCAAGGUGGAGUUGAGAGGACAUGCAAUUGUGCCAUUUAAUGAUCUGCAGGCGGCUCUGGCGGAUCUUACGAAGCGUUUGAAGACGAAGACUUCUGAGUCCGUUGAGGCAAAGUGUCCUAGACUUGAGGGUUUGCAAAUGCUUGUCCGGAAGCUUGCCGACGCAAAGUGA